AUGGCAUCUGACUGCCCCCUGACCACAAACUGCUCUGAUCACCAGAAACGGGUGGGGAUUGUGGACCUUAUGGACCUCCCCGGUCCCAGCCCCACUCACGGCUUGGUCCCGGAGCAGCAUCUGUUUCCUACUGUGGAUGUUCCUGUGCAUGCCCAUUACAUCAUCGGCUCAGUGAUCCUUUUGUUGGGAGUGACAGGAAUGCUGGGAAAUGCUCUGGUCAUCUACGUCUUCUGUCGCAGUAAGACAUUGCAAUCUCCCAGCAACCUUCUGGUGGUUAACCUGGCAAUGGCUGACUUCCUAAUGUCAGUGACGCAGUCCCCGGUCUUCUUUGUGGCGAGCCUGCACCGCCGCUGGGUGUUUGGAGAGUUUGCCUGUGAGCUGUAUGCCUUCUGCGGUGCUCUGUUUGGCAUCACGUCCAUGAUGACACUCACAGCCAUUGCAGUGGAUCGGUGCUUGGCAAUCACACGACCACUGGUGCUGCUAGGCGGAGUCAGCCGGCGGCGGCUCUGUGUGGUGGUCAUGGGGGUCUGGGUUUACUCACUUGGCUGGAGCCUGCCUCCAUUUUUUGGCUGGAGUGCCUACAUCCCUGAGGGCCUGCAAACAUCCUGCAGUUGGGACUAUAUGAGCUUCACGGUCACAGUGCGCACCUACACCAUUUUUCUUUUUGUCUUUGUCUUCUUCAUCCCCCUCGCUGUCAUUGCCAUUUGCUACUUGGCCAUCUUCAGGGCCGUGCAGCAAGCAGCUCAGGAGAUAGAGAGGCUAAACUGUGGAGAGACCAUCAAGGCUUAUGACCGUCUGCGUAGUGAAUGGCGGAUGGCCAAAGUAGCUCUGGGAGUGAUUCUGCUGUUCGUUGUGUCCUGGUCGCCAUACUCUGCUGUUGCUUUGACUGCAACUGCUGGCUAUGCCCACCUGCUGACUCCUUACAUGAAUUCAGUACCUGCAAUCAUCGCCAAGGCCUCUGCAAUCCACAACCCCAUCAUCUACGCCAUCACACACCCAAAGUAUCGUGCCGCCAUAGGCCGCCAUUUCCCCCUUCUGCGUGGUGUGCUGCGACUGCAGGACAAGGACCUGCACUCUUCCUUCUGUUCCAGUGCUGCUUCAUCUCGCCGGGCCACGCUUACCAGCUCCCCAGGAGUCCGUCGGGGUGCUGGUGUCCAAAUCAAUGGACGCUGGAGAAAGAGCCGCUUGUCCUCAGCUUCUGACAGUGACUCCUGCUGGACAGAGAGCGAAGCUGAUGGCUCGAGUGCCUUGGCAACAGUUGUCAACCGGCGUCCUUCCACUGAGUUAAAACCUGAGCUGUUGGACUCGGCCCUCAUGAGACAGCUGACAGGGCCCACCAGACAAACCGACAGCGAGUCACCUGACCGCUGUGCGAAAAUGGAGACAAAACCCUUGCUGGUCCCUCUAUGA